CGAAUCCCUCCCGAAUGGUGUACUUCGGGACCGCUCUUCAGUCCCUGUGCAACCGAGUUUUAUUUUAGCCACAGGACCUGGUUUUUCUGGCAGGCGGCACUGCAAAGACGGGUUACAGGCCGAACACCUCACAACAGAGACAGCGGUAUUCUCUCUAGGAUAAAAAGGGCUUGUGUUUAAUCCUCUGUCAGGGCAGGGGGGAAAUGCCUCUGGGAAUCCAACUCUGGAACCGGCUCAGCAGAGAGAUGUGGCUUUAUGGGCAAACAACGUGGCAUAGAGAGAGGAACCUGGCCAGUUCUGUCUUAUAAGAGUAGUUAUGUGUUGCAAGGACUCCACAUUCCAUGGAUUUGUGAACUCAGAUGGAAUCUUGUUUGUCCAGGCCUGCAUGACCCCAUUUAUCUAAAAAUUACUAACUUCCUAGUUUAUAGUUUACAACCCUGUGCCCGCCGCCCCCCUCCCCCCCCCCCGCCACGCCCCCAUGAGCUUUCUCUCUAUUACUCUCAGUCUCUCAGGUUAAAGCCUUGCUCAAUAAUUCAGCUGUGGACCAGUUAUUCUGAUUAUUUCCUCAUCUAUCGUCUUACAGUCAUAAUAAUAAUAAUAUCUGAGAUAAUAUGAGCAUACAACAAGACAGUAUGUCCAUAGGAGCAUCUCUAAGAUCAGGACAGUGAUUUCUUGCUCAUGGAAUAGGAAGGAUUUAUGUUAAAGCAAGUUAUAAGAAAGCAGUUUAAUACUUUACAAACGUUAAGUUUAAAAAAAUCAUAACUCGCUGGAAUCUUUUCUCCUCUCUGGAUAUUGGAGAACUCGCCCAGGUUUGGGAAAAGUUAGCCAGCUCCUGCAAAACACCUCCUCCCUCAGCCCUCCCCGCGCCCCCUACGACCAGGCAGAAAGGGUGGGAAGGGGAGCACAGCUCAGCAUUUAUUUCUGGAUCCAGCUCACUAAAAAUACCUCGGCUCUCCUGUUUGAUCACUCUCCCUUUUGACCUGAAUGGAUCGCGGGAGCCGCGCCGCCCGCCCCACCUUCGGCCCGUUGCCCUUUAAAGGAAAAGGGCGUGGGGACGGAUUCCUGCCGCUCGAGGGACAGAAGCGAGCUGGGUAGUCAGGGGCCGCGGCCAUGCUGACGUCAGGGCAGCCGGCGCUCAGCUCCGCUCGCUGCCACAGUGCAGAGACCUCCCUGAGGGAGCGGGACAGCCUCGCGCUGGGAUUGGCUGGCCUCGCGCGAGCGCCGGCGCGGAGUGGCUGGCGAGGUUUUAGAGGGAGUCCCGCUCUCCAAUUAAAGCGGCCCAGCUGCGCCUGGCUGCGCACAGAGCUCCCUCCCAGGCCCGCGAACUUGGCCAUUCAGCCGCCGCUGUCCCCGCUGCGCGCCCUCGCGCCUCUGCCUGAGAAGCCAGGCGCUGUUCCACCACCCCAGAAGAGGAUGGCAAAGGUGGCUAAGGACCUCAACCCAGGAGUUAAAAAGAUGUCCCUGGGCCAGCUGCAGUCAGCAAGAGGUGUGGCAUGUUUGGGAUGCAAGGGGACGUGUUCGGGCUUCGAGCCACAUUCAUGGAGGAAAAUAUGCAAGUCUUGCAAAUGCAGCCAAGAGGACCACUGCCUAACCUCUGACCUAGAAGACGAUCGGAAAAUUGGCCGCUUGCUGAUGGACUCCAAGUAUUCCACCCUCACUGCUCGGGUGAAAGGCGGGGACGGCAUCCGGAUUUACAAGAGGAACCGGAUGAUCAUGACCAACCCUAUUGCUACUGGGAAAGAUCCCACUUUUGACACCAUCACCUACGAGUGGGCUCCCCCUGGAGUCACCCAGAAACUGGGACUGCAGUACAUGGAGCUUAUCCCCAAGGAGAAGCAGCCAGUGACAGGCACAGAGGGUGCCUUUUACCGCCGCCGCCAGCUCAUGCACCAGCUCCCCAUCUAUGACCAGGAUCCCUCACGCUGCCGUGGACUUUUGGAGAAUGAGUUGAAACUGAUGGAAGAAUUUGUCAAGCAAUAUAAGAGCGAGGCCCUUGGCGUGGGAGAAGUGGCCCUCCCGGGGCAGGGUGGCUUGCCCAAGGAGGAGGGGAAGCAACAGGAAAAGCCAGAGGGGGCAGAGACCACUGCCGCUACCACCAACGGCAGUCUCAGUGACCCGUCCAAAGAAGUGGAAUACGUCUGCGAGCUCUGCAAGGGAGUGGCCCCUCCUGACAGCCCCGUGGUCUACUCGGACAGGGCAGGCUACAACAAGCAGUGGCACCCCACCUGCUUUGUGUGUGCCAAGUGCUCCGAGCCGCUGGUGGACCUCAUCUACUUCUGGAAGGAUGGUGCACCCUGGUGCGGCCGCCAUUACUGCGAGAGUCUGCGGCCCCGGUGCUCUGGCUGCGAUGAGAUAAUAUUCGCUGAGGACUACCAGCGUGUGGAAGAUCUGGCCUGGCACCGAAAGCACUUUGUCUGUGAGGGUUGUGAGCAGCUGCUGAGCGGCCGGGCGUACAUUGUCACCAACGGUCAGCUUCUGUGCCCAACUUGCAGCAAGUCCAAACGCUCCUGAAGGGCUGCCCACCCACAGCCAGAAUCCACAGGAUCCCACCGAGGGGAGCCAGGUGUGCCGAGACCACCCUAAGGGUCCGACGUGACAGCAAGCAAGUGAAAUAAACAAUGAUUUGCUUUUCAGUGAGAAUAUAUAUAUGAGAUAUAUAUAUAUGUAUAUAUAUAUAUUCUAGGUUGGGUGGUGGUAGAUCCUUGAGGGUCAGUAGUUUCAAAACCAAAAAUAUUCUAAGAAGUCUUAGGAUGGAGUUCCUUUUCUUUCUGUUGUUGUUUCCCAGCUACAACCAACUAAAGACACAAAUGGCGUUCUGCAAGGGGACUCUGGGAGGAGUUUUCCAGAAUGCAAUUCCGAGUGAGCAAAUCGCAUAGCUGUAGAAUGUGCGUGCUUUUUUGUGGACACAGGAGCUCCUCCAGGAGCAGGCUGGGAUCCCAACUAUCGCUUGUUGCCUCUUUUUCAAGUGGAAUUUGAAUUUUAAAUAAACAACUUUUUUUGGCAUGAUAAACAGAUCAAUAAAAGUUUUGUGAAUUCCACAUA